AUGGCAGACGAAGCGAGAUAUUUGUUAGAAAAUAUGCACAAAUUAAGAGUUGUCGAUCUGAAGUUGGAGCUAGAAAAAAGAUGUUUGUCGAAGUGCGGGAGCAAGAAUAAGUUGGCCGAACGAUUGAAAGCGCAUCUGUUAACAGAAGAAUUGAAAGAGGGUGACGGUGAUGGUUCUGAGUUGGAGGAAGUAAGCAGAUCUCAGGAGAGUGAGUCGCAGAGCGAGGCGGAAGAUUUAAGCCAACCUCAACAACAGCCGCAACAAUCUUCAUCACCUUCAACAUCAUCUCAACAACAUCAGCAACAACAACAGUCUUCAUCACCUUCAACAUCACCUCGACAACAUCAACAGCAACAGUCGCAACGACAACUUCAGCUACAGCAACAACAACAACAACAACAAAAGUACAACUCUGAUGCUGACACUGAAGAUGAGCAGUCUGAUUCUGCUACCACUACUACUACUAUUACCACAAAUACUACUACUACUACUACUCUUCAGAAUGAUGGUGAUAAUGAUGAUGAUAGUGGCUCUUUCAACGCCACAACUGGUAGUGUGGCCAAUACUUCUGCUACUACCUCUAAUGAUGAUACUAGUAAAAGUAUUAUUCUCUCCACUCUUGUUGAUAAUACUAACAAUAAUAAUGCUGCUACCACUGUUACUGCUGCUGCUGCAUCUGUAGCUGCUGCUGCAUCUGUAGCUGCUGCUGCUGCAUCUGUAGCUGCUUCUACUGCUGCUGCAUCUGUGGCUGCUGUCGUUACCACAGUUACUACCAUUACUACUAAUUCUGGUAACGAUGAGGCUUCGCCAGUCGUUGUCACCACUGUUACUUCAGAUACUUUGCUAUCUGUUGCUAGUAAUAGUACUAAGAGUGAUGAUGAUGAUGGUGGUGUUCGUGAUGGUGGUGGUCGUGGUGAUGAUGAUGGUGGUGAUGGUGGGGUUAAGAAUGUUGUCGGUAGAGAGGUGACUGAAAAAGAUGAAGAAGAUAUGGAAGUCACAGUAUCCAGUGAGGGAAAAGUAGUUGGGGGUAGUAAUAAAAUUAAGGAUGACGUCAUUUUGAAAAAUGAAGAUGGCGACGAUGGUGGUGGUGCUGGCGAUAAAGAUAAUGAUGAUGGUGAAGUGGGUCACAGUGGUGAUGAUGAUGGUGUGAAGAGAAUGGUGACGCAGAAUGAAACUAAUGAUAGUGCAUUGAUGGGUGAGGACACGAUGGAGGUCUCCAUCAGCGCUAAGAUCAACGGUGAUGACGACGACGAAGAUGAGGAUGAUGAUUUCAGUCGGGGUUCAGAUGAUAAGAAGGACAAGCAGCCAGCCACCAAUGAGACAUCAGCAGCAACAGCAGCUGCUGCAGCUGUCGUAGAGGAGCCAGUUAUUCAGUUGAAAACUCACAGGAAGCUGUUUGCCAAGAAAGCUACUAAAGAUGCAGCAGCAGAAGCAUCCUCGUUGACGACAGGGGUAGAGAGAAGCAGCAAGAAGAGGAAGUGGGGCAAGAUCUUCAUGGAAACGAACGGAAGGAAGUUGUCCGACUGUGUCGGGUGUAGUAGCGUCACCAUAUCCUCUGAAUCCCUGAAGGAUCUCAUCCCGGAGAUGACCCUCGACCUUUCCAUGACCUCCGACCCAAUACUUGACCUUGAACCCGAGCAGCAACCACAGUCAAGGUCAACAGCCUCGACAGCGACUACUGCUAAAAUUGUGUAUAGGGAGAAGUCAAGUAACACUGAUGGUAAUAACAAUUCUUCCUUGGCGAUGGCUGCUGGUACUACCGCAGCUGCUGUGGCCGAUGAAAACGCUAGAGUGGUAGAUGGUGGUAGCGGCGGUGGUGGUAAGGGUGUGGUGAGGAUCGCCAGAAUUGUUUACCAGGAUGUGAGGGACUCCACAAAGACGAUAUCGUCCUCAUCUUCGAUGGACCACGUGGCUUCCGGAAGUGGUGGUGGUGGUAGCGACAGUGGCGGUAGAGGCGUCUACCAGUCGAGAGAGAGAAAGGUGGUGGAGAGGCCGAGGUCGUCCAGCAGCACGGCAGUCGGCAGUAGUGGCGCUGACAGGCUGGUGAGGAUCGUUGAUGAAGAAGGCAGUCGCCGGCGUCAAGAUGGUGAAGAUGACGUCAUCAACGACGAUGUUGAUGAUGGGGAGGAGGAGGAAGAGAGAGGUGGAAAGGAUAACAAAGAGAAUGGCGGUGAGGAAGGUUCUGCGUCGUCACUUGCCGGAAGGAGCGGUCGUCGGGAGGUCGUCGUUGGUGGAGGAGCUGCUGGGUCCGCUGCUAGUGCCGCUACUGCUGCUGCUACUUCUGAUGGUACCGCUGUCGUUGGCGAUGGCGGGAGCAAGGCUGGUGGUUCUGCUGUAGCUACUACUGUGCAAAAAAAACGAAGCACCUCAAUCUCCUCAACUACGAUCCUCACCCAACCUCCUCCCCCCGAUGAGCCCGUGGACGUGGUCAGGAAAAGAGGUAGGGACAAGUUUACCCCGGCCGGCGAGGGCCUCGACGGCGGACGACCCCAAAUCACCCCCCCGAGACGUCAACCCACGAAGUUUGUCCACGUCUUUAACCUGGUGAGGCCUUUCACUGUGGGGCAGUUGAAGGAGUUGAUGGGAAAGUAUGGCAAGGUCAUUGAGGAGGGGUUCUGGAUUGAUAAGAUCAAGUCACACUGCAUCUACGAAACGAUCGACCAGUCGACGAACUGUCGCCAGUCGCUCCACGGAAGGAAGUGGCCCGCCUCCAAUCCCAAACUGCUCAGGGUGGAUUACUGUGACGAGGAGGAAGUUAGUGACGUUGAUGACGUUAACGAUGACGAUAGUGGUGGUGGUGGUAGUGACCGUGUUGCUGGUGGUGGUAGCAGUGAUUAUAAUUGUGGUGAUGACGAUGAUGACGUUGACGAUGAGGAUUGUGGUGUCGGGAUGACCAUGUUGCUGGUGGUGCUGCUGACCUUGAGGAAAGAUGGCGUGACCCCAUCACAUCGUCCUUAUCUCGGCAGCAGCAGUGUCAGACCUCUGACGUCGUCAACGAACGUAGGCGAUUCCAGAAUUAGUCGUAACCCCCCUCUCCUCCAGGAGCCACCGCAACAACCACCACCUUCAUCGCAACACCACUUGCAACAACAACAUUCUCAACAACAACAAAAAAGAAAGCGAUCUCCAGAUGCGACGUCCACCAGACCCUCGCAACAACAACCAACGACCACCAAGCCACCACCAGCAGCAGCAGCAGCUUCAACGGCCACAACUACUAAAACGACGGCCUCGCUGGCGAUGCCUCAGAGCGAGAGAGAGAGGGCCGCCUUACUGGCCGAGAAGGAGAAUCUGGCCAGAAAGUGGAAUCGUCAGGAGAGGUCAUCAAGGUCAAGGUCGAGGUCUCGAGGAGAGAAUCGGCACCGUCAACAGCAUUUGCAGCGCGAUAGUAGGAGAGAUGGUGAGGAUGUCGAGGUGAGGAGGACCGACGCCGAAGACGAUGUGAGGAGGAGGAGAAAGAAUAAGAGGAGAGAUGAUGAUGUAGAGGGAGAGUUGAGGCCGGCAAAGAAAGAUAAGAAAGAUGAAGAGCCACCGGCCAAAUUGCUGGACGACCUAUUCAGAAAGACGAAGGCCCUACCUUGCAUAUACUGGCUGCCCCUCACAGAUGCUCAGGUCGCCGAGAAGGAAGCACACAUAAAGAAAAUUGAACAGGAGCGAAUGAAGAGAAGAGAAGAAAGAAUGAUGGCCGACAGUAGUCAUCAUUAUCAUCAUCAGAUGCCCGGUGGGGGUGGCGGCGGUGGGUUUGGUGGGCCCGCCAGAGGGUACGAUGAUAGGUUCAGGAGGAACUGA